UUUAGAUUGUGCUGACUCAACAAGAAUGGGAAAGUCUUCUCCGCCGGCCUUUUGUAAUUACAUUUACCUGACGAGUUUGAGUUUAUCAAAAGAAAGAAGUCAAACAUCCUUCCAAUAAGGCAGGAAAAAUGAAGAUCAAUCUGAUUUUUUUGGUCUUUGGGACACAGUCAGAUGAACUACCCGCGAAUCAAUAUAGUUGUUUAGGAGGGAAGCUGGGGUGAUAGAACAGACCGGAGGAAUAGAAUCCGGAAAAAAAUCUAUCAAUCAUCAUGGCGUCAUGAAGCUGGAACUGGAGGACUUCUCCUCCUGUAGUGGAUCCGAGAGGUGAUUUUGAAAUUUUUUUAUGUCUAUGCAUGAACAUGUGAGGCACUAAUUCUUCUAUGCAACCUACCACGACAUAAAGAGCCAGGGUUUAUCGAUUUUUCAGUCUGUUUUCCCAACCGAGUUUGUUGCUGGUUUGAUUCCCAAAGUAGAGGUUGAACGCCCAGACCUAUCAGAAAAUCUUCCCUGUAGUGCUCGACGUUUUCUGUGCAGAUACUUCUAUAGCGUCGUGAACCUGUUUGUUAAUUAAUUUCUGGUCAGACUCCUCAGAUCAACUAAAUAUAGCAAAGUAAGCCUUGACGGUCAGAAUUUAACAAGGUGCUCCUAGGUUAUCAAAAUGACGCUUGAGCCGUGCUUUCAUCGCAAGUGUUUGCCUUUAUACGCAUAACCUUUUCACCCUUCUAAGUCUAAGGGAGCUGGACCGACGAACCCUUUUUUUGACGGACUGGUUUGCAAUAGCACUACUAGGAUCUGACGACCGCAAAGACGAACAUCAUGUUGACGCGAACUCGUGGAGUUGCCGCGCGGCUUGUCCGCCGUUCAGCGCAAGCUGCCUCUAGACAUAAGUGCUCGGUUAGCAAGCACGCUGUUACCGCCACCGACGCAGCAGCAAGAACACUAGGGUCCAGUGGUGCUAGUUCAUCAGGGAUUAUCAGAGGGUCUUCACUGAGCUCAAGAACAACAUUAGGUGGAGUGGAAAGUAGUUGUAGGAUAAAUGCUUCUGAGCACAUGCGCGGUGUGCUCACAGGCAAUAGUCGGGCGACAUCUAGUACAUGCGCUUUCUGGAACAAUAGUGUUGGGGAGAAGAACAGCGUUGCGCAGAAUCCUCCACCAACUUCUUCUACGAGCACUUACAACAGCAGCAGCUUUUACAACCCAUUAGCACCUGGGGAACCAAUACGACUUAGCGACCAACAACCAGAGCAGGGCCCCAAGGUGUUGCCGCAGUCAGUUUUAGAGGAUUUGAUAAAGCAAGAGCAGCAAACUUCACCCUUGGAUUUCGAGAGGCUGAAAGCGUGGUUACAAGCGAAAGUACCAAAGGGAUUUGGGGCGUUUUAUCCGAAGAAGUCGGAGGGGGGAAAGGUAUAGAUGUCUACUUAAACUUGUUUUCAGAACAUAAAAGACUCACUGCACCACCUCAUGCUAGGCACAUUCAUUCAUUCAUUCACUCAUCAUUAUAUCUGCAAAUCACUCGCGGGCUUUUCUUCCUUUAUGAUGGAAGAGUGAGAAGCAAUGUGAUUUAAAUUCAUCUCAUAUGAAUAUGUUGAUGAGCUUCACGACGGUUUCUAUUUCUAAGAGCAAUGUAGUCACUACCAAUAAUAGGAAAAAUGUAUUGCCUCAAUUCUCAACCCUACUCCACUCGUCACAGGGCAAAGAAGGGACUUUAGCUGAAGCCCCUUCUUAGGUCUUGCUCGGCAAAGUGACCUCAUUCUCUUAAACUUGAUAGUAGGGACCGUCGAGAAGUCUGAUCUUUUGUUUGGUGAGGACGAAUGACACUUGUUAUGGUAGGUCUGUGUUCGCGCUGCCUCGAGUAUGGUGCAGCCGCUGUGUAGCCCUGUCCACAUGCACUGUAUCCGAAGCCUAACCAUAUUUGACUCGUCACAGGGCAAAGAAGGGACUUCAGUAGGAAAAGUAUAUUGCCUCAAUUCAUCUCCACCAUGCUCCACUCGUCACAGGGCAAAGAAGGGACCUCAGUAGGAAAAAUAUAUUGCCUCAAUUCAUCUCAACCAUGCUCCACUCGUCACAGGGCAAAGAAGGGACCUCAGCCAAGGAUGAGGAGAAGGGUGGAGAGAAGGGCGACAAGGAUCCCGAACCGCCUAUGGAGCCCAAGUACGUCGCAGCCGCAGUUCAAUUAGCGAUUCUGGCGGUUUUAGUCUACGCUCUGAAGGGAGACCAGACGCCUGAAAUCACGUUUCAGGAGUUAGUGAACGACUUCCUCAGAUUUGGCUACAUCGAACGCUUGCAGGUGGUAAACAAGGAGAGCUGUCGAGUGAUAUUAAGGGAUGAUGUGACGCUGCCGAAUAAUCUUGGUACUAUUACUAUAUAACUAGAUGUCCGUUCUUCACUAGUUUUGACUAUAUUAUAACAAGAUGUCCAUUCAGAAUUUAAAAUCUGAACGUAUAUCUUUUUCUACAUUUUUACUCUUUUCGUGUUGGUCAUUUUGCGUUCCCUCCCUCCGGCCGGUCUGGGAGGCCUAUGAUCAUGGAAUCAAUUUUCUGUCUUCGAUUUUCUUCGCAAAUAGAAACCGAUAGAACAUGAUUCAAUCGAACAACAAACCGAUAGAACAUGAUUCAUUCUCAAAACACAAACUCUGAACACAGUCAAGCGCCUAGGCGAGAGCAAGGAAUUUGUUGUGCACUUGGGGUCACCGGAAUCCUUCGAGAGCCGCAUCGAAUCGUACCAGCAUAGCCUAGGUACUGCUACGCUUCUUCAGAGACUAGACUGAUGUCCUUUCUACACUCUUACUCCACCGAAAUACUGAUCUUAGAAAGUCCUAGGUUCAUCUUAUUAUAUUCACCAGUGUUACAUCAACAACAUCAACUUGCAUGUGUUGAUAUCUACGAACCCCUUAAUUUUGUGUGUCACAAUAUCUUGAUCUUCACCCCUUAAGUAAGAACCUUUGCAAUUUAGAUUCCUCCAACUUCAUGCGCACAUCAGGUAUUCAUCCGCAGGAUUUUAUCCCCAUCCAGUACGUGCAAGAGCGGGACUAUAGAGAAGACCUCAGAGCGCUGGCGUCGCCUCUUGUCGCACUUUCCGUUCUGUUCUUGAUCCUCAAGUUCACACGUUUCGAUGCGAAGGGAGGAGGGAAGUUGUACUUACUACUAAAAAGUUGUGCUUUGUUUAUUUACUGCCUAUCCUGAUUUGUCCUGAUACUACAUCCGACUACUCUCCUUAUUACUAAUAGAUGUGGCUUCAAUCUACAGGAGGUAAUUCACAAGUACAACUUUCCUACCCAACGCGGCACUCUCACCCUUCCUCACUUCGAAAACCAACUCAGUCCCUCAUCCUUCGGUGGCGGCGGCAGAAAUAUGUUUAAUAUGGGCAAAGUGAUGGAGACAGAAACAAAAUCCACAACCAAGUUCUCAGACGUCGCGGGAUUAUCGCAAGCCAAAGUCGAAGUCACCGAAUUUGUGGACUUCCUGAAGAACCCGAAGAAGUACUCAAUGCUUGCAUUUUAUGAGACUUAGUUAUGUUGACAUAAUGCUAUUAUAACUUCUGAGUGGUGAGUACAACAUCCUUAUUUCUCCGUACUUCUACCAAGACAACUUCAGUUUCGUACUCUCUAGACACUCAAGUUCAAUCAUCCUAAUCCUCCAACCAACCACUGACAGAUACGAGCACCUUGGGGCAAAGAUUCCCAAGGGAGGACUGCUCGUAGGACCACCGGGUACUGGAAAGACCCUAUUGGCCAAAGCCAUCGCGGGAGAGGCUGAAAGACCGUUUUUCGCCAUGUCGGGUUCCGAUUUCAUUGAAAUGUUUGUGGGAGUCGGACCUAGCAGAGUGCGCGAUCUGUUUGCGCAAGGUAUAUACUUUUAAUUCGCUUGAUCCACUUAUAUACCAACCCCAUUGUUUCUUUUCAUUCGCUUGAUUCACUUACAUACCAACGGAUACUGAUCUGCCAAAUAAGCGGUUUAACUACACAUCCUACAGCCCGUGAAAAAGCGCCUUCUAUUGUGUGGAUUGAUGAGAUCGAUGCAGUUGGGCGCAAGCGUAAUAAAGGCGGCUGGGGAGGCGGCGGCAAUGAUGAGAGGGAGUCCACUUUGAAUCAACUGUUAGUCGAGAUGGACGGUUUCAACAACAAAACUGGCGUUAUUGUCCUGGCAGGCACAAAUCGAGCGGACAUUUUAGACAACGCACUGACGCGAGCAGGGCGAUUUGAUCGACAUAUUUCGAUCGAUAUCCCGGAUAUCAAGGUACUACUACUACUUGAUAACAAAAUUGUAGUGGUCUAGUACCUGAACAAAAUUACUGGUCUAUGGCCUAUGCCGCUCUUUAGGAAUAGGAUAGUUUUUGUUUGCGGCUAUAAUUAUCAUUCUACCUGUAUUACGUACUCGUCGUUGGAUGAAGUUUUUUUCCAACCUUCAACCCACAACAGGAGCGCGAGGAGAUUUUUAUGGUGCAUUUGAAGCCUUUGAAGUUCGCAGAGGCAUUGAGCCACCAAGCUGUCGCCAGGAGAAUGGCUGCCUUGACUCCCGGUUUCUCUGGCGCAGACAUUGCGAAUAUCUGCAACGAAGCUGCGAUCUUAGCCGCACGACGGAACUCUACUCAUGUGGAACAGGACGACUUUGAGAGGGCUACUGAGAGGACGUUGGGAGGUCACGCGAAGACGAAUACACUGAUGUCGCAAGAGCAAAAGACAGUCAUAGCGAAGCACGAAAGCGGCCAUGCAGUCACGGGGUGGUUUUUGAAACACGCAGAUCCACUGCUGAAAGUCAGCAUCGUGCCAAGAAGCAAUGGGGCAUUGGGGUACUUACACUUUCCCCCUCCUGUGUUUAGUAGUCGGUCGUAGUUUGAUAGAAUCUAGAUCUACUAAAAGGAACACAUAAAAGAAAAGGUUUAAUAGGCCCAGCGACGCUGAAAGCACAUAAAGUAUUAAACUAAAAACCGGUUAAAUUUUCCUUCGGCUUUUCCCUAGACUGUCAACUACACAUCAUAAAAGAAGUUUGUUAUCUUCAAAAUAAAACUACAAAUCAAACAUCACAGCUUCGCGCAAUACCUACCUGACGAUACGCAAUUGCAUUCAAAGGAGUCCCUCCUAGACCGGAUGGCUAUGACACUUGGCGGCCGCGCUGCAGAGGAGCUUUUCAUUGGGUCUAUCACCACGGGGGCAAGCGAUGACCUCAAGUUAUGCUUUGGCGGCAUAAAAGUUUUUGGAUUGAACAACUUGAUGUGAAAUGAUGUCUGUGGUCUUACUGUGGUUGAGGACGGUCUCUGGACUAGUACUUCGUUCCUGUUCUGCUUAGACUGUCAGCACUUUUAAGAAGUGGACAACUGUCACCUAUAAGAUACAAUGAAUGACAGCUAUUAUGUUCACGUGAGGUAAACAUCAAUUUUUUGACUCUAAUCUAGAAAGUCACUUCCAUGGCUUACCGCAUGGUAACGCAGAUGGGCAUGUCCGAGAAAAUUGGCCUCUUCAACUACCAUCAAGACCAGGACAGCCAGUUCACGAAGCCGUAUUCUGAGGAGACGGCUCAGGUGAUCGAUGAGGAAGUCAAGGCGAUGAUUGAUGGCCAAUACGAUCGAGUGAAGAAAUUGCUGAAGGAGAAAGAGCAUUUGAUUGAAGCCCUGUCUGCGAAAUUGUUCGAGAAGGAGACGCUGGUGUAUCAAGACUUGUUGGAGGUGUUAGGGCCAAGGCCUGGAGGAUUGAAGAAGGGCUAUGAAGACUUCAUCACGGCAUCGAGUAGCAAACCAGAUAAUAGUGCUGGAGGAAAGGGCGAGAAAGCAAAGGAAGACUCAUCGAAAGGCGGUGAUGGGCCAGUCGACACCAGUGGAACGGGUACCGCAAAACCCGAAGAGAUUUUAAAAGACGUACCGUCGCUCGCCAGUACUGGUGCCUCGUCAUGAUUUUCAGAUGGAGGUCGUUCUCUAUGAUACAACAACUAAAUACUUCAGUAGAGAUCCAUCAAGCUAUUCCCUUCUCUAGAUCGAUGUUUGUCGGAUCUGAGUCCACUUUUCUAUCCUAGUUAAGUGAAAGCGUACGAACUGUUAUUGUACCAAAGAAAUUUUUCAUUACAGGUUAUAGUUGGUUUAAUUUUGCCUUAGGUGUUUUCCUCACAUAUAGUUCCAUUUUUGAUCCAUGGAUAUAAGUGAAUGUACCUAACUAAUUACAUGGUAGAAUGUCUCUUGUAUUCAUGAUAUUCAUAGGUACCGACCUAUAAGAAUCUCUCAGUUUGUGUAUUCAUGAUCAUGGUUUUUACCACAUAGCUGAAUGAGGCAUUCAUAGUGUAGUUAGACUACUUCCGAUUGAUGUUGUCAACAUACGAUUCAUAGUAUCUACUUAUGUGCAGAGGCUUGACACGGAGGUCAAGUACAAAAAUAAACAAUAUUGUGGCUGAGUCUUGGUAGCUCUCGCGAGUCUCGAU